ACAGAAGAAGAGCGCUUUGUUGGAGGAAGGCUACGGUCGCGGCGCACAAGUUUUAGCUCGUGUGAAUUUUUAUAUUUGGGAAAUCCACCCCGAAGGUUUCAGCUGUACCGUUAGCUACAUAGCUAUCACGUAAUUCGCCGACUAUAUAUUCUAUCCAGUUAUAUAUCUACGCGCCAUCCUAACGUCUGCUCGGCCAGUUUUACUAACUUCCUUAGCUAGCUGUUAUUGUUAGCUAGUUCUGUGCUAACAUGUCUGGCGGAGGUGUAGUCCGAGGACCUGCGGGGAGCAACGAUUGUCGUAUCUACGUGGGUAAUCUUCCCCCUGAUAUCCGCUCAAAGGACGUGGAAGAUUUGUUCUACAAAUACGGAGCCAUCCGCGAUAUCGAUCUGAAGAACCGAAGAGGAGGACCGCCGUUCGCCUUCGUGCAGUUCGAGGACCCGAGGGAUUCUGAGGAUGCCGUCUACGGGCGUGAUGGUUACGACUACGAUGGCUACCGCUUGCGCGUUGAGUUUCCUAGAAGUGGACGGGGAGGCGGAGGAGGAGGCGGUGGUGAUCGCGGCGGCGGUGGCGGCGGAGGGGGUGGUGGUGGUGGUGGCGGACCAAUGGGACCCCAGAGGGGAAGGCAUGGCCCGCCCUCUCGACGCUCAGAGUACAGGGUUCUUGUGUCAGGUCUUCCGUCCAGUGGAAGCUGGCAGGACCUGAAGGAUCACAUGCGAGAGGCAGGUGAUGUAUGUUAUGCUGAUGUGUACCGCGAUGGCACCGGGGUAGUUGAGUUUGUACGCAAAGAAGACAUGUCCUACGCUGUCCGUCAAUUGGACAACACCAAGUUUCGUUCUCACGAGGGAGAGACUGCCUACAUUCAUGUGAAGGUGGACGGUCCUCGCAGCCCGAGCUAUGGUCGUUCUCGCUCUCGUAGCCGGAGCCGCAGUCGCAGCCGGAGCCGGACCCCCAGCCCGAGCCAAAGCAAGAGCGGGUCCCGUCGCAGCAGAGGGUCUCCCCGUUACUCUCCCCGCCGCUCUCGCUCCCGCACCUAGAGCUAACGCAACGGUGUGACUCUGGAGCCGGAGAGGAAGUCUUCACAUCACUCAACAAAUCCUGUAUACUCAUCACGGAUCAUCUCAUGAUACCUGUUUACACUGUCUUCUUGUGUAUCUCCCUCCCCCUCCCCACACACACACACACUUUUUGUUGCAGUUUUCUUAUUUAGAUAUCAUUUUUUGUCCACGGACCCAUUCUUCCUUGUCCCUUUCUCACCAUCAGUUUUCUGAUCUGUCACCCUUCCCUAUACUUUUCUUCUACUUGUCCUCCUACGCUUUUUGUUUUGAAGCAUCAACCUCUUUGAAGCAUAUACUACUGUCCUUUUGACCCUCUUGUGUGUCUCUCUGUAGAGUUCAGAGGAACAGGAUAGGAUGGGAACAGAGGAAACAGUUCAUAUUAAGAUAAACAGGAGGAGGAGUCAAAUAUGGCACCAAUGGUAUGAUGGCUGUGCCUUGUCAACUGUGAAAUCUGCAUUAUAAGGCUGUUCAGUUUUUUUUAAACAUGCACUUGACAAUAGAGUGCUGUUGUUGAAUGUUUUCAGUUGUAACAAGUUCUGUAUACCACUUUGUAUUUGGAGACUCAAAACUUGUGGUUUGUUGUUGUUUUUGUUUUAUUUUUGCUUUUGCUCGUCUUCGUCUUUUAGUCUCCAAAGUAAAUUUUAGUUUGGGAAUGAUUAUAUAGGGUGUUCCCUGUUUUUCACCAAGUAAACUCCCUCGUAGAUGCAUUUAUUGACAUUUUUUAAUUUUGGUAUUUUCUGAAGGUGUGAUUCUAACUUGCCUCCUUCUCUUUGGUUCUGCUGGUAUUCUGAAGGUUUGGACUGGGCUCAUUGUCCCCCCAUUCCGGAGCCGGAUCAGGAUUCAGGAUCAGAGCAGGAUUAGGAUUAGGCUUCAGGAUGGAUACAUGGAUCAGGAGCAUGGGAGCAUUUUACCGGGAGAUGAUCCUGACCCCUGGCCCUGUCCACAUAACCCCGUCAAACCGGAAAUAGGGAAAUAUUCAAACUAAAUUGGCUUUCAAAUAAUCCAAAUUAAUUUUUAUUUUAUUUUUUCCAUUUUGUGUGGGACCUCAGAGACACAAUUACUGCCGGCACUGUGACAACCGAUUUUAUUUUUGUUUUUCAAAAUUAUAAAAAAAAAAAAAAAGGAAGAGCUCAGCUCAAAACCAGGAGGGCUGGGAGGUGCAGGAUGGAUCCACACGCGUAAGGAGAGUGGUAAAUAGUGAGCGGCCAUUAACAGCGGAGUAGGGAGGGAAGAGGGAGGACUAGGACGCGACAAGGGAAUGUGACCUUAACGUGGUUUGUAUCUUUUUCUUAGGUCAGUCUUUUGCUGCAGACGAUGAUUUGAUUGAUUUUCUUAAGUAUGAUCUCCAGUAUCCUAAAGCUUUAUUCUCUUUUAAUAAAAAUUUCAAUAACAUAG